AUGGAAACUGCACAAUUCGUUUAUCUGCCAAAGGCUUGUUUUCCUGCAAAGGUCAUUGCUUGGAAAGUCAAUGUCAAUGAUAUAGUAGCCAAAGACCAAUCACUUGGCAUUUACGAAUUCACUGAAACAGUUGUUGAAGAGCCAGAACACAUACCCGGUGCUACUGUAAGUGCAGUUCCAAAGACUAGUCAGAAACGGACUCGGAGAGAGAUUCGAACUGUCUAUGAGGGCAGAGUCGACUCUCUUGGUGCUAAGCCUGGCGAUACCAUUGAAGAUCCAAAACAUGCACUUAUUGUCAUUGUAGAGCCUUGUGGUCAUCCAGUACAACUCAAUGGAUUAUGCGCUGUCUGUGGAAAGGAUCUAUCAAUUGCUGAUUAUACCGGAACUGAUAUGGAGCGUGCAACGAUUCGAAUGACCCACGAUGCAUCUGGGAUUACUGUCAGUCACAAGGAAGCAUUCCGACUUGAAAAGGAAACUGCAGACAGAUUAUUGGACGAAAGAAAACUGUCGCUUGUUCUUGAUCUUGAUCAAACCGUAAUUCAUGCUACUGUCGACCCUACUGUCGGCGAAUGGAUGGCAGAUCCAAACAACCCUAAUUUUCCUGCAUUAACGGUAUGGGCUACACAUGAACCUGGAACACGAGAGUUUCUUCGUGAAUUGAAUGCAAAGUACGAGAUGCAUAUUUACACCAUGGGAACUCGAAACUAUGCCAAGGCAGUUUCAAAAAUUCUUGAUCCUGAUAAGAGAUAUUUUAAAGAUCGCAUUCUCUCUCGAGAUGAUAGUGGAAGCUUUUCUGUCAAGAGCUUACAACGACUUUUUCCGUGCGAUCAAUCCAUGGUUGUUGUUGUAGAUGAUCGUGCUGAUGUAUGGCAUUGGUCACCCAAUUUGCUCAGAAUUAAGGCUUAUGAUUUUUUUGUAGGCAUUGGCGAUAUUAACGAACCCGUCUAUGCUGCAGCUGCAGAGCUGACAGAUCUAACAAAAGCCAAAGUAUCACACAAGCCACACAUUGGCUCUUCUGCACCACCAGAAUCAACAUUUUCAGUUGUACAAGACAUUCCAGAGCUUGAAGACAGUAAGCUUGAUCCGGAUACAGAUAGCGAUUCCGAAACAAGUGAAAACAAGGCAGAACUGCUGGCUAAAAUGCAGGAUGUACAGAUGCUUGCAUUGAAAGAUCAACAAAAUAAUCGUCCACUUUUGCACUGUCAAGAAGAAUUGGAUAUACAGACAGCACUGUUGACAUCCCCCACCGACAAUAAUGCCUCUGACCUGAUCACUACAGUAAUAGAUGAAGGCUCAUUCACUUCUACAACGGCUGCACCUCGUCAAAGUCAAGCAAUGGGGCAACCGCAAGUCUCCACCGCCAUUUCUGCAUCUGUAGCAUCCACAUCAACAUUAAGAACUCCUACAUCAGAUUUGAUUUCCAAUAACACAUCGAUUGUAUCUAAACAACGGCCUGUUUUGAUUGAUACAGAUCGUGAACUCAAUCUUAUCAAAUCUCUCAUGAUGUAUAUUCAUCAAACGUUUUACGAACGGAGCGAUGCUGGAGAUAUCAAGACCUCUGACGUGAGAGUAAUUGUUCCCGAAAUGAAGCGGUCUAUUCUUGAGGGUGUACAUAUUUUGUUUACAAGUAUCAUUCCACUGGGUCUUGAGCCUCAAAAACACGAACACUGGAUUGCUGCAACUUCGUAUGGCGCUGUAUGCCACGUUGAUUUAGACCCUGAAGUGACACAUGUGAUUGCUGGCAAGACUGGCACGGCAAAAGUCAAUGCAGCUCGGAAACGUCCCAAUGUUGCCAUUCUUAAAAUUGACUGGUUGAUCGAUACUAUUCGAACAUGGCAAAGGGCUGAUGAAGUUCGAUAUUUACUCUAUCUAGAUCAUAUCCCAGUAAAUCUUCCACCUCGAUGUAUCAAUUCGUUUUUUUUGGAUAGUGCUCCAGCUGCAUCUACUCUUAUGGAAGAUCGUUCUAGCAUUUCUGACCAAGACGAGUUGCUCAUUGUUCAAGGCAAAUGGGAGCAUGCCAAUGAAAUUUACGAAAAAGUGGGUGGAGACGAUUGGAAGGAGAUGGAUGCUGAAGUCGAUAUGGCUAUGAUGGAUGAUGACUCGAGUGAUAUAACGGGAGAUGACGACAGUGCCGAUGCUGUAGAGAAAUUUGGGGCUCAAUCUGCAUCUAUCAACUCGACAAGCUCAAAUAGUGGUGGCAAGACGUCCAAAGACUCUGUAGAUGCUUUACAAGACGAUGACUGGGACUCUUUGGCUGAUGAGAUUGAACUUGGAUUGGAGGAAGUGCUGACCAACACUCAGCCUAAAAGCAAAUCCUCCAGUCGUGUAAGCACUUCAUCUGAAUAUGUUUCUAAUCAAAGUGCUGCUUCUGUAGAUAUAGCCAUGUUUCCAGCCCGUCCUAGAAAACCAUCUCCGCUUGGACAGUAUCAAACUGCUAGUAAUUCUUUGGAGCAAACAUCGUUGGCCGAUGGCCAAGAAACCGGCGAUGAUGCAUACUUUGAUCAAAUGGAUGCCUGGGAAGACGAUGAUGAAAAUAUGGAACGGAUACCCAAACGAAAGUUUGAUGAAUACCAAGACGAAGAUGAUAAAUUUGACGACGAUCUAUGA